AUGGCCGACGAGAUCAGGGAUUCGGUCGUCCGCCGGGACAAACAAGCGAGUCUUCCGUUUCUCGCCCAAUUAUCCCGCGCCACCACCAUUUACUCCUACAAACUAUUAGGCGUGCCGACUCUUUUUUACAGGGAUUGGUUCUAUCCAUCUGAAUUCCCUCCGAACCUCAUUAAGACAUACGAUAGCCGACCGUUUUUGCCCAUCAGGAUCUUCUUCCCUAAGACAUACGAACUCGACUCCUCUCACGAACUCCUCCCCACCGUAUUCACCAUCCAUGGCGGCGGCUUUUGCCUCGGCCGAACGCAAGAUGACGACGAAUGGAACGCGCGCUUCGCCAGCAUGCAUAGCGUGCUCGUGAUUGCCCUCAAUUACCGCAAAGCCCCGAACUUCCCCUUCCCAACCGCGACCUACGAUCUCGAAGCCCUAAUCCUAGCCGCAUUUAACGAUGAGAGCCUCCCCAUAGACAAGAAUCACAUAGCAAUCGGCGGGUUCUCCGCAGGCGGAAACCUAUCCCUCAGCGUCUCCCAACUUCCCUCGAUCCGAGAAAAAGUCAAGCCCGCGGCUGUCUUGGCUAUAUAUGGUGUUGUGGAUAUGACGGUGUCGUUGGAAGAUAAGGUUAAGAUGCGAUACUAUAAGCCGGGUCUUGCUCCGGGUCUGCGUGGGAGCGCGGUUGAUUUCUUGGCGGGUUUGUCGCCGGCUUUUCAAUGGAGUUAUAUAUCCCCUGGUGUAGAUCUGGGAGACCCGUUGCUUUCGCCGUAUUUUGCCCCCCGCGAAAAUCUACCUCCGCAUCUAUUCUUCAUCGGUACGGAGUUGGAUCAGCUCGCGCAUGGGACGUGGCGCAUGGCGAGCAAAAUAGCGGGACGACCGAUACCUACGUGGACAGACAAGCCGGGCCAAGAGGGGCUCGCGACGAAGGAGGGGGAGCUCAUAUUAGACGACGAGAGAUUUGCGUUCGAAAAGGUUGAGGACGGGGGCAAGAAGAGCGUUCGGUGGUUGUUAGUCCCAGAUCAGGUUCACGGUUUCGACCAUUUGCCCCAUCAAUGGCUUGGAGAAGCAGCCGUUAAGGACGGGAAGCUAAAGGAAGUCGCUUAUUCGAAGAUCUUGGGAGAUUGGUUACGAGAAGUCGUAUGGAAAUAA